AUGGAUCUACCGGCCGAUGACAAGCCAGCUCCACCUUCAGGAUCCUUGGCCCAAAGAGCUUGGACCGAGAUCAAGAGGUGGCAAAUCAGAAUGGAGCUGGUUAUCUUGGCCAUUUCUAUCUGUGACACUGCCAGAAUUGUAAUUACCCCUACUCUGAUGUUGAGGAAGGUGAGGAGAGUCUACAAUGCUUCAGAAUACGAGGACGAUCCAGCUGAUUACGAUAAGUUCUACACCAAACAAAUGGUCAUCUGGGAGCAGAACUACACCUACGUCAACUUGCCUUUGGCUAUUGCUGCUACUAUCUUCUUCGGUAUGUAGCUAAUGAUACUUGGGGAUGUAUUAGAUCUCAAAUCUCUCUGCUUAUAUUGUUUUUGGCACAAUAUUUUAGUUAAAAAUAAUGGUGCCAAACAUACUUUUUACUGUAUUUAGGAGCCUACAGUGACAGAAGAGGAAGAAAACUGCCGAUGAUAAUGGGUCUGCUAGGAAUGUUCUUGGGUAACAUGUUCUACAUCCUAGUCUGGUGGCCAACCACUGAUUGGGCCAUGCAAUGGAUCUUCUUGGCCGCCGUUCUCAAUGGAUUAACUGGAGGCUUCAGAAUCAUCACAGGUUCCGUCAACGCUUACCUAUCUGAUCAAUUUACGGUCAAGAAAACUGUAAGUUAUCCUUUACUGUAGACUCAUCUACCAUCGUGAUAAAAAACAAUUUAAUUUUGACAUUUUGCAGCUGUCCUUCCGUAUGAUCAUUACCUACACCAUCCUCAACAUUGGCGACUUCAUCGGUUCCCAGAUGACCAAGCGAAUCAGUCGUCAAUGGAGCGAGAUCAUGGCCGCCUUCAUCAUGCAAGGCAUCAACAUUGUCGUGCUUCUGUAUGUCAUCUUCAUCGUGAAACCGGUUGGCACCAGAGACGAGAGUAAACAAAGUCUAACAACCAUAGCCAAGGAUGCCUUCUACUCGGUCUGGUUGUCGGCCAAGGUGGUGGUACGGCCACGUGAAAACUACUGUAGAUGUCUGUUGUUGCUGACCUUCUUCUGUGCGUUGGUCAAUCGGAUAGCGUUCAGUGAGGAGAAGGCCCUGAUUGGAACCUACACCAAGUUGUCGCCCUUUAAUUGGAAGACGCGUGACUUUGCCGAUUACAAAUCUUACAGACCUUUUACUCGUAAGUUGGCUUGUGACAAGUCUAAGAUAACUAAACUACUCAUUUUGAAGCAUUUUACAUGUAACAGUUUUAAAAAACCUUUUUUUACAGAAGUUCUCGGACUUUUAUUCGGUCUUCUGGUACUGAAACGAUUACUGAAGCUGAGAGAUGCUACUGUCCUUAUAUUGGCCACGAUUUCAAUGGGCUUAGACUCGUUGUUCAUUGGCUUGGCUCAGUCAUCUACAUUGAUAUACGUUUCACUGUGUGCCGGAUUCUUACACGCUUUAACGAAUCCCAUGCUUUACACUGUCUACAGUUGUCUGGUCGAUGCUAAUGAGGUAGGUUAUAAUUGACAUUUGUGUUCAAAACUCAUUGCAAUGUCAUAAGUAGGUGUAGACGUGUAUAAAAUUAUGUAUAAGUAUCCAAAUGUAAUCAAAACUUAUUUACAAAUCGAAAUACUGACGUAUGUUAUUGUAGACCGGUCGAGUGUAUGCAAUGGACUCGAUCCUGCAUAAUGUGGGUUACUUCUUCAAGACAGCAGUUCUCCAGACACUAUAUGUUCAUACUGUCGAUUGGUAUCAAGUAGGUCAUUUACAUAUAUUAGUAUACAAGACAUAAAUAUAGUAUGUUCAAAUGUCAUUCUAUAGUGAAAACGUGAUUACACUGUAAUUUCAGGGCUUUAUCUGGCUAGUGUUGUCAUCGAUGGCUUUGGUCUCUGCAUUUGUCUUUGGUGUGAUACAUUUCAUUGCCAAAAGAUACGGCGUUGGAGAAGACUAA